GCUGGUGUCGACAGCACGGGGAAUCUCGGCUCGCUCGUGACCGGCGGCAGGCUCUCCCUCACUCCCUCGGGACACCUCGAACGCCGCGUCGCUCUGGUCUGGCGUGGAGGACGGGACGGAACGCACACGCGGAUCUAGUGAGCGCUGUUGUGAGUGAGAAUGGACGGGGGUGCAGCCGGGGGAGCUACGGACGUGGGAGGGGCUUCGGAAAGGUAAACAGAACGGGGGCCAAGAAGCGUUCAACUCCCAGUGCACAAGGAAACCUCUGAGACGAACAUUGAGUGAACCUGGAGUGUGUUCUUGUCUUUCGUGGGAACAAAUGAACUCUGACCAGGAUACAUCACCGGACGAGCCCACGAGGUGACAUAACUACCCAAAAAUAACUAGAGAGAGAGAGAGAGGGAGAGAGGUAGAGAGAGAGAGAGAGAGAGAGGAGAGAGAGGAGAGAGAGAGAGUGAGUGAGAGAGAGGAGAGAGAGAAAGAGAAAGAGAGAGGUAAAAAGAGGGAGAGAUCUGCGGGAACGCGAGUCCAAGUUCAAGGCUCCAGGAACGUCAAGGCAUCAGAAGGAGCUCGGCUGACUACUCCCGGCUUGAGCUGACCUUCGAGUGAGCUGACCUCCGGGUGAGCUGACCUUUGAGUGAAGUAAUCUUCGCUCGAGCCGACCUUUCUGCAACUCCAAAAAUGCGGGUUUGCCGGACGGUGGUGCUGGCGGCGGCGCUGGCGGCGGCGAGGGUGGCGGAGUCGCGAGCCAGCCAGGACACUUUCCCGUCGUCCUUCUUCUACAACCCGCCUCAGGACGGCGGCCCGCCAGAGGACAUCCAGCAGCUCCUCCGAUCGCAAGGGCCUGGCGCGCAGAGGCUGGGGGACGCGAGUCCCGUCUUCACGCUGGUCAUGGAGAGGCGGCAGCUCUCGCGGCCGCGCAGCGAGGCCGAAGGGGCGUCUGCUACGGCAGCCUCUGAGGCUGAUCCGUCGGUAAGCAAUAUUUGGGGAAGCAAAGCGUCAGUCAGCUCCUCGGAACCCGACGCGUUGAUCCUUCCAUCCAACGGUGGCUAUUCCUCCUCUACGUCCUCCAAAGACAGCGGUUCACCAGCCGUGAGUUCUGGCAACAAAGAAUCGUCAGCAAAGGCGUCAGCUGAUUUCGAUUUGUCAACCCUUCUCAUCACAGACAACGGAUCGCAAGCAGCUCCUUCCUCAGUCAGCGUUGUCAGCGAGAGCAAUUCAUCCGUCUUUCCUGACUCGGAGCCCAAACCGAGUAGGAUACUGAACAUCUUCGACGCAAAAGCUAACGCCUUCCCCCUUGUCAUCCAGAAUGCUGCUACGGACGCUUUCGGUUUCGAUGACGAUGACGCUGCAGAUGAAACCACUGCGACGACCGCGGAGGAUCUCCAAGGCCCUCGCACAGACGCAGUUAACGUAGGCAAUGACGCUCUUGCCGAGGACGUCCUGACAGUUCCUGCAGAUGGAUAUGAUCUUACAGAGAACCUCUUGUCUUCUUCACUGGAGUCUGAUCCUCUAGAGCAAAUCCAAACAGCCCUAAGCACGCUUUCCGCCGACGAGAACCUUGGCACUUCUACCGACGGCGAAAUCUUUACGGUAUCCUCCGGGGACGAGGAGGAUCCCGAGACGCCCGCCUCUGCCAGUGCAUUCCUCGUCGACGAAGGCCUCGCUUCCCCCGCGCGCCCACGAGGCCAGGACCCCACCGCGGACUCCUCAGGCGAUCCCCUUCCGACGAGACGCGACGGCGAUCCCGCUUUGUCUUCUGGCGUUCCCUUUCCGGCGAGCGAGCGAGAAGACAGCGAUCCGUCGGCGUCUCAGAUUUCCGCAGAUUACGUCCCGCUCGGCGAUUACGAGAGCUCGGGCGACCCAAACCCGAGGGAAGAUUUCGCCUUCUUUGGACAAAGAAAUGAUUUUUAUCAAGACGAUGACUUCGCGUUACAGGUCCUCGGCGGCGACCAGUUUGACGGCACGACCGUCGGCGGCCGCGUGGACCCCUGGGGAGAAAAUGCCGGGGACUCGGGCGAGGAAGCGCAAGAAAAAGACCUUUAUUUUGUGCUUGAACGCGACCCGGAGGACGCUGGACUCGUUUCGGUCAAACUCGGAAAGAGUCAGGAAGCGGGGAGAGCCAGAGCGAACGAGAACGGACCCUUGGACGAGCGGUAUUAUGCGGAUAACUUGUACCAGUACCACCUGCAGGAUCACAAGACCGGCUCCUACAGGUUCGGCUUCGGCGGCGACAACCAGUGGCGGCACGAGGAGCGGCGCGCGGACGGCGUGGUCGUCGGGCGCUACGGCUGGCAGGACGCCGCGGGCCGCCGCCACACCACCCACUACGUCGCCGACGCCCGCGGGUUCCGGGUGGUGCGCCCGGGCCAGCAGAUCAAGGUGCACGUUCCUUCCUCGACGACGACGACGACUGUGUCCCCGGCCCUCACAGCCCUGUCGCUGCUGACGGAGGGCUCUCUCAGGUCUCCCGCCGCCUCCUUCGCCAGCCCAGCACACUCUCUGUCCUUCGAGGCGAUUCCCCCGAGGUCAUCGCCCACGCCUCCGCCCACGUCCUCCACGCCUAAGAGUCCUGCGGCGCAAACGUAUCCUUUCGCCUCCUCCAGUCCUUCAUCUUUGCCACCACUCUCACAGACGCCGCGCCCAUCGAUUUUGCCUCCGAGGGACUCCCGACCGUCUGCCGAGGACCAGCCCACUUCGCCCUCGGCAUUCCUCAUCCCGGACAACCCUUGGGCCUUGUUCGUCACCGCGCAAACAGCCCGGCCUGUAGUCGCGUCCCGACCGCCUCCUCAACCGACCAUCCUAUUCUCAGAGGCCUCAGCGCGGUCCACGGAAUCUCCUGAAGACCUGACGACUUUAGCCCCGUCGUCGACACCAUCAUCCGCCCCGACGACGACCUUUUCAACUUUCCCAGCGACGUUCUCUUCGGCACUCCCAGCGACAACUUUCUCGGCGUUCCCAGCGACGACCUCGUCGGCCCUCCCAACGACGACCUCCUCGGCCCUCCCAACGACGACCUUCUCGGCCCUCCCAACGAAGGCCUUCUCGCCUUUCCCAGCGACGAACUCCUCGGUUCUCCCAACGACGACUUUCCCAGCUUUUCUAACGAACACCUUCUCGGCUUUCUCAGCGACGACCUUCCCCACCCUCCCAACGACGACGCCCUCGAACACCUACCCGCCAACUCCUCGUCCAGUUAUUUACCGACCUCUGCCAGCACGUCUUUCGCCACCGCAGCCUCCCUCAGAAUCCUCAGAGAAUGCUAUCGAGGCCACGAACGGGACCCAGCAGGCCGCCGUGGUAACAGGUCGUCCCCCCAUUGCGCAUCCUCUCCCGCACCACUCCGUGGGGCCCCCUUACCCCGGGUCCUGGGUGUAUGUCCAGCCCCCUGGUUCUCAGAGGCGCCCUUUCCGACCCCCCUACGGGAAGAGACCCAUCAUCAGGCCCUUCAGACCUGUCAACAGGCGGCCUCCUCCGUAUCCUAAGGUUAAGCCCCUCCGGCCUCUGCAGCCCAACAUCGGGGCGUCGUCGCACUAUAAGCCCAAUCGCUUGGUGGAACCUGAAGGCAGCCGUGACCCCGAGAACCCCGCGGCAAAUUCAACCAACCUCGAUGGCGGGGAAAUUGGGGUUGAGUUUAAUGAGCUAGAUAAUCUUCCGUCAGCCUCCUCUCCUGACGCGUCUGAAGGUUACCCGCAACUUCUGCCAGGGUUCUACCGCAAGGGGAACCGGCCCUUCCAGCUGGGGAAGCCGGGGGGCAACGCGACCGAAGGCGCUCAGCAGUCCGGGGGCGAGGACAGCUUGGUGGACCUCAUCAACCUCAUAAAAUUCCUUGUGCCUCCGACACAGCUUCAGCCCCCGAGAUUCGCACCGGGGGAGGGGCGGCCGCCUCGCCCGUCUGCGCCCUGGGGUAGCAGCCUACUGGAGAUGGUUAAGCCUCCCGGCCCUUCUCCGGCAGUGACGGUCGGCGUUCAAGACCAGACGCCGAAGACCACUGGGCAGUUCCCCUUAGACUAUGCCUUCAUGGAUGAGGACUACGUCUCGCAGGGGCCGGAAGACGCAGGAUCUUCAGGUCCAGAAAGAAACCCCACAAGCCAAAAGCCUCAAGCAAUAGACCUUGAAAGUGAAAGGAAUUCAACGUCUCAGGAGAACAUCCUGUCGAACGAGAUCGGCUCCUCGAGCAGGCCGUCCCCCGAAGGGCACGUCGGCACGAUGAAGCUGAAGCUGUCGGUGUUGGAUCCUCACGACGCCGAAGAGGAACCGCCCGGCGCGCCUCCCUUCGCUCUCGGGGCACUGGCCGGCGACGGGGCUUUGCAGGACACUACCUUACGUACGUGGGUCGUGUCCUCGCCGUCGCCAGAGUCCUCGGACAGCGCGGACCCUUCCUCUGCCACAGAGUCCGUCGCAUCCGGGGAAGCCUCGACGGACGCCGUGUGGCCCUACGUGUCCCCGGGGCCGUCCAACGCGACGGACGGCGAAGGGUCCUCGCGACCGCCUCCGCCGCCGCCGCCGCAACAGGGCUUCUGGCCGAGCCUUCUGAAGGAGCUGUACUACUGGCCGAAUUCCCAGAACCGCAGGACGUGGCCAGUCCUUCACUGAUUCCUUGUACAACGAUGGAAGUAAUUAGUGUGAUAGAUUUUAGAAUCGUGACGUAGAUUUAUUUCCGUGUCGAUCUGUGAUAAACGAUGGUACCACCGCACUUUGUAUGUAGGGCAGUAGUUACCGCUAGGCUUUGUUGCCUCUGGGCAUGAGACUACAGAGAGACCUUUUUCAGGCCUCAAGAAAACAAGAAAGAAAAACUCUGUGUACCAUCCUACGGGCAUUUCCUUCCAACGUGUCAUCAGCUUAAGGCGUGACUUAAAUUCCUUUCUGUUUGAAGCAAAACUGGUGCGGCGAUCUCUGUCAAGUUCAAGGUGACAGGUCGAGUUAGACCAAGGACGAGACGCCAUUAAAAUAAUCGAAAAAAAAAAAAUCAGAUGCCCAGGGUGCAAUGUCAGUUUUGCAAGGUGAGGCAUAUAGUUCAUAUCCAUUUAGAGAAGCUUCUAGAAUAGCAAUUUUUUAUUCCAUAUUUUGUAUGUUUUUUGUUCUGCUGCAUUUCAGUGUUUUCAAUAAUGUCUUUUAUAGUCAAGAAGUAUAAAGACCAAACAUUUUUUUCUAAACAAACGAAAGUACUGUGACUGUUUACCUGGAGGUUAGAAUAGAUUAGUUAUGUUUUGUUGUUUUAUAUCUGUAAAUGAAAAUAAAUUCAGAAACACACUGUUUAAAA